AAAAAGAACCCCAAUUGUUUGUUCGUUUCAUACAAAAGCCCCAAAACUAUAUGUUAUUUUACAAAGAAUACCAAAAGGAAGCCGUAUGUACAAUCACGAAGCUGCGUGAAAAGUUGUCUCCCUAGUCCCUUCCUUUGCGAGAGAGGAAGAAGAAGAAGCGAUGUUCUUGGUCGAUUGGUUCUAUGGAGUUCUGGCAACUCUCGGGUUGUGGCAGAAGGAAGCGAAGAUACUGUUUCUAGGUCUCGACAACGCCGGCAAAACCACCUUGCUUCACAUGUUAAAGGACGAGAGAUUGGUCCAGCAUCAGCCGACACAGCAUCCGACAUCGGAAGAGCUUAGUAUCGGCAAAAUCAAGUUCAAAGCCUUCGAUUUGGGAGGUCAUCAGAUUGCUCGUAGAGUCUGGAAGGACUAUUAUGCUAAGGUUGAUGCAGUGGUAUACCUAGUUGAUGCAUAUGACAAAGAGAGGUUUGCAGAAUCAAAGAAAGAGCUUGACGCCCUUCUCUCAGAUGAAUCCCUAGCAAACGUCCCUUUCCUCAUCCUUGGAAACAAAAUCGAUAUUCCAUACGCUGCAUCAGAAGACGAGCUGCGUUAUCAUCUAGGCCUCACCAAUUUCACCACGGGGAAAGGUAAAGUGAAUUUGGCUGGAACAAAUGUCCGUCCCCUUGAGGUGUUCAUGUGCAGCAUUGUCAGAAAGAUGGGUUACGGCGAAGGAUUUAAAUGGGUUUCUCAAUAUAUCGACUAGAUCAAAAAAAAUAUAUAUAUAUAUAUUUAUAUAUAUAUAUAAGUCUUGUCUAUAUACAAUGUGAGUGGUAUCGCCUUGUUAUAAUUUAUAUCUAAUGUAUGAUUACGAUUCAAGAUGUAGAAUGAAUUAUGUGAAUAAGUAAUGUAUAUUGUGUGUGUGUGUUGUAUACAACAAGAUUUCUAUUUUUGACGA